CAAACACCAUCACAAAACAUCUCUCGCUCGCUCGCUCGCUCUCUCUUCAUUUCUAUCCUUUCUUCCUUUAUCUCCGCCGCUUUCUGUGCAAUCUAAAAUCUCCAAUCUUUUCUUUCUCUUCCUUCUGCAACCUCCCUCGAGCAAGACACAAUGCCGGCUUGAACUGUUAGAGAACCGUCUCUGCAAAAAUUUGUCUGAAGAAUUUUUUUUUUUAGGGGUAAUUGGUGUUGGCAUUUCAAGAUGGGGAAGAUGAAGAAAACCCAUCUGGGAAAUGUAGUUCUGAAGCUUUUUCUUCUAGUUUUUAUUUCAGUGCUUGUUCCGGUAAAGUCGGUGACGGACACAGGAGAUGCCGCAGUGAUGAUGGCUUUGAAGAAGAGUUUGGACCCUCCGGAGUCCCUUGGAUGGACUGACCCAGAUCCUUGUCAGUGGAGUCAUGUGGGUUGCUCCUCGGAUGAAAGGAUAACUCGGAUUCAGAUUGGAAACCAGGGUCUCUCAGGGACUCUUCCUUCUGGUCUCCAAAAUCUCACCGCCUUGCAGCGUUUAGAGUUGAUGGGUAACAAUAUUGCAGGUCCUCUUCCAAGCUUGAGUGGGUUGAGUUCGUUACAGGUUUUGCUUCUUAGUGAGAAUAAGUUCUCUUACAUUCCAGCGGAUUUCUUUUCUGGGCUUUCAUCUCUUCAAGUUGUUAAUUUAGACAAAAACCCCUUUUCUGCUUGGGCGAUUCCUGAUAGUCUUAAGAGUGCAACCAGUAUUGCGAACUUCUCUGCUAAUACAGCCAACAUUACGGGGACGAUUCCUGAUUUUGUUGGGGGAACUGGCCUUCCGAGCUUGACGAACCUGCAUUUAGCUUUCAAUAACCUCCAAGGUGGGCUACCGGCGAGUUUCGCCGGAUCUUUGAUUCAGACUCUAUGGCUGAAUGGGCAGUCGACAACGCUCAACGGAAGCCUUCAGGUUCUACAGAACAUGACCUCCCUCACGGAGGUCUGGCUGCACUCAAAUGCUUUUACAGGGCCUCUGCCAGAUUUAUCUGGGUUGAAAAAUUUACAGAGCUUCAGCGUUAGGGACAACCAGUUGACGGGUCCUGUUCCUCAUUCUCUGGUUUCUCUUUCAUCGUUGAAGAUUGUGAAUUUAACUAAUAAUUUACUUCAAGGGCCUACUCCAAAGUUUUCAAGUUCUGUUGCAGUGGAUAUGGCUGGUUUAAAUAGCUUCUGUUUGCCCACACCAGGAGCUGCCUGCGAUUCUCGUGUGAAUGCAUUACUCUCUAUCGCCCAAGACAUGGGUUACCCAGUCAAAUUUGCACAAAAUUGGCAGGGAAACGAUCCUUGUACUCCAUGGUUCGGAAUUACUUGCAACAGUAAUAACAUCUCUGUGAUUAAUUUUCAGAAAAUGGGUCUCACGGGUAUGAUCUCUCCCGACUUCUCUAAAUUUCAAUCUUUGCAAAAGUUGAUUCUUGCGGACAAUAAUCUCUCUGGUACCAUUCCGCUGGAGCUUACAACUCUGCCUAGUCUUACUGAACUUGAUGUGUCAAACAAUCAGCUUUCUGGGCAAGUACCAAAAUUUAGAAGCAAUACUGAUGUAAAAACGAAUGGCAACCCAAACAUCGGGAAGAUCGUCCCACCUCCAUCCCCAGGUGGGGGUUCAUCCGGCCCAUCACCUGGUGAUAGUAGUGGUAGUACAAAUGGAACAAGCGGUGGUGGCCGGAGUACAAACGGUGGCAAAUCUUCAGUCCCCGUUGGAGUUGUUGCGGGUUCAGUAAUCGGUGGUGUCUGUCUGGUUUUCUUGGCUGGGUUGUUGGUCUUCUGUCUUUACAGGAGAAAGCAAAAGCGGUUUGGUAGAGUACAGAGCCCCAAUGCGAUGGUGGUUCAUCCUCAAAAUUCUGGUUCUGAUCCGGGGAUGGUGAAGAUCACAGUUGGCGGACCAAGUGCCAAUGGGGCCUCAAGUGAAAGCUACAGCCAGACAAGCAGUGGCCCGAGUGACAUUCAUAUGGUUGAAACAGGAAACAUGGUGAUUUCCAUUCAAGUCUUAAGGAAUGUGACUAACAAUUUUAGCGAAGAGAACAUAUUGGGACGAGGAGGUUUUGGGACAGUGUACAAAGGUGAACUGCACGAUGGUACCAAAAUUGCGGUGAAGCGAAUGGAAACUGGUAUAUUGACUGAGAAGGGAUUGACAGAAUUUAAGUCUGAGAUUGCUGUUCUUACCAAGGUCCGGCACCGACAUCUGGUAGCCCUUCUUGGGUAUUGUUUGGAUGGAAAUGAGAGGCUUCUUGUAUAUGAGUACAUGCCUCAGGGAACUCUCAGCAGGCAUCUUUUCGGCUGGAAAGAAGAAGAGUUAAUGCCACUGGAGUGGACAAAAAGGUUGAGCAUUGCCCUGGAUGUGGCUAGGGGUGUUGAGUAUCUGCAUGGUUUAGCCCAUCAAAGCUUCAUUCACAGGGACCUAAAGCCGUCAAACAUUCUUCUAGGAGAUGAUAUGAGGGCUAAGGUAGCAGAUUUUGGCCUUGUCCGUCUUGCGCCUGAAGGGAAAGCCUCUAUUGAGACAAGACUUGCAGGAACCUUUGGGUAUCUUGCUCCAGAGUAUGCAGUGACGGGGCGAGUAACUACCAAGGCCGAUGUCUUCAGCUUUGGUGUGGUCUUGAUGGAGCUUAUCUCAGGGAGGAAGGCCCUUGAUGAAACCCAGCCUGAAGAUAGCAUGCACCUGGUAACUUGGUUCAGGAGAAUGCAGGUCAACAAGGAUACGUUCCGGAAGUCCAUAGAUCCCAUAAUCGACCUCAAUGAGGAGACACUUGCCAGCGUCAGCACUGUUGCUGAGUUGGCAGGCCACUGUUGUGCAAGGGAGCCACAUCAAAGGCCCGAGAUGGGACAUGUUGUCAAUGUUCUAUCAUCUCUAGCUGAGGUAUGGAAGCCAUCAGACCAAGACUCCGAGGACAUCUAUGGCAUCGACCUCGACAUGACCCUACCACAGGCCCUUAAGAAGUGGCAAGCAUUUGAGGGAAAUAGUGGCAUGGACACAUCAUCAUACAGUACCAGCAUGGACAACACACAGACCAGCAUACCCACCAGACCUUCUGGAUUUGCAGAGUCAUUUACAUCUGCUGAUGGAAGGUGAGGGAAGGAGAUGGACAGAGAAAAAUAUUGGGCUCAUAGUGAUUGUUAACUCAUGAAUCAUUAGAGCUCUGCUUUGUUUAUUCCAUGUGCUUCUCUUCUACUUUUUAUCUUAGUUAGAUCUUCUUGUAAUUUGUAAGGGUUUGUUCUUUCCUUUUUAUUCUCUUUUUUCAUGUUUCAAGGGGGGUCCCUCUGUUGGGAUGUUAUUGUCUGAUAUUUGGAGUGUGGACUGUCUUUUUUAACUUAAAAAAAGUUUCUUAUA